UCUAGAGGUUUGUUUUGCUGAUUACUUGAUCAUCGAUAGUUGUAUUAUUAUUUUCCUGUUUCCGAUCAGAUUAAGUUUAUCUGUCUUGAGUUGAAAGCCUGUUGAAAGGAUCCUGCUUCAUCUAUGGAUUGCGUAUUAAAGCAUAUGGCAGAGACUAUUACAAAGUCUGGGAAAUGUUCAAAGCGAAAUUCACAUCACUCUGUCUAAGCUUCAUUAGCGUAGAGCAACAGCAACACAGGAAUCGUGAGUGGAAUCUCAAGGUGAUUUUUUUAUUCGCUGUGUGUUUGUUUUGAAUCUGAAUGAACAAAACGGGAACAGGUUUCUCUCGCCACCACGGCACAGCUCUUCUCGUAUACUUCGCGUAGUGGCGAAUCAGUGUUGACUAUGCAUCUUAAGUGAGCAUCAACAUUCGUCUUGACCAUCGUGGGGAACAUAGAGGAUACCGUUAGUGCUACAACGGCCGUUGCACCCGCCAACAUCGCAGUUUUUGCAAUAAUAAUGCCAAGUUCGAAAUCAUGAAAUCAUGCGACACGAAAAUUGUUCAUAAUCGCUGAAUUUUGUUAACCAAGUUGGCACGAAUUCAAGCACGCAAGAGAGCGAAAGAAUGUGACGAAAAGCGAAGCAAAGGAGAAGGUGAAUGAAUCUCGCAUACUAUAAACGUGGCAAGACACUAACAACAAUCUCGAAUUUGAUCACAGCCUAAGCGGGCGGGCUUUUCAAAUUAUCGACUAGCUGGAGCCUGAAAAAAAAAUAGGUUAAAACACUAGCGUAAAGAAAAUAGACAAACGUACGACCGAGACGUUUGGCGUAGUAUUCUCCAUCGAAACAACCGCGCCCGAGUGUUCAAGCAAAAGAGAGGAGAGCAAAGCACCUGAAGAAGAGACCCUUAACUUGUUUUCCACCUGCGGUACCUCGCGGGCUCCAGCCAAAAACCACAGCUCCGUGAAGUAAGCAAGUUGCGCUUUAGUUUCGUUUUGUAUUUCAAGGAGGCACGAUUAUUGGUGGUGCCGUCGACAAUUGGAGUGAUCAAAAACGCGAUCGUCGAACUUUGCAUGAUUGGAAUUUCAAGCACGCGAGGUAUAGCACUAGCUGCUAUCGAAUCAGUUGUGUAGUUGGCAGUGAAGAUUGUGUUUAUUUUUUGUGGUAUUGUAUUAGAGUCUAUCAAAAAUGGAGACAAAUCUACUUCGUGUUUUGGACGGUCAGGCGCUGGACGAGCUCACGAGUGAAUUGUGCGAUUUUUCCUUAGAGGAGCAGAACGCGGCCACAGAAGCGCAAGGAGUUAAGCCGCUGGCAUCUUCAGACUAUAUUCCAAUUAUCGGCAAAUCAGUGACCUAUGUAGUAGCCUGUGUAAUUGUUAACGACAGAAACGAAGUAUUGAUGAUGCAAGAAGCAAAGGAAUCAUGCGCAGGGAAGUGGUAUCUUCCUGCUGGUCGGAUGGAAGCUGGAGAAACUAUUGUAGAGGCAGGAGCGCGAGAAAUUCUCGAAGAGACGGGAUUAAAAGUAGAUAUUACAACACUGCUAGCUGUAGAAUCAGCUGGUGGUACCUGGUUUCGAUUCGUUUUAACCGGCAAUGUUGUCGGUGGUGACCUAAAAACCCCUCCCCAAGCCGACCAAGAAUCAAUACAGGCUAAAUGGGUUGAGGAUUUGAAUGAAUUGAGUCUGAGAGCGAACGACAUUCUACCGAUUAUAGAUCUUGCCCGCAACCACAAGCGACGCAACCUCAAAGACCCAAACUGGCACAGAAACAUUCUUCCAGCGAACAAAGCACAUUACAAAAACUAUCUGCGGAUAGUGGUAGCCAUCAAAAAUAAAUCAACCAACCAAAUCUUCGUGCUGCUCAGCGAAAAAACCGCCUACCACUUCCCGACCGUCGAAAUUCAUCCCGGUCGUAGUAUCCACUCGACGUUGAAGAAAUUCAUGAUUGAGCUUUUCGGUGCCGAUUUGCCCCAACACAGACCUCAUGGUGUUCUGAGCGUUGAGCACCACACUACCAAUUCUCAGCCAAAUCCAACCGACGGAAUCUGCGUCACUCUGCUCGUAGUUUGUCGACCAUCGAUCGAGAGCGUGUCUCUCAUCGGCAAGUGUAUUUGGCACGAGCUGAACAAGGAACUAGGCGCUAAAUUAGCGAUGACCGUUGCUGCUAAAAAUUCCACUUUGUCGCUUCACGUCGUACGAUAACUGAAUACGUGGUUGUUUUGUUGUGCAGUUUUCCAAUUCUGUUAUAGGUCUGUUGUCAGUGCUUUUAAAUAUAUUAACGAAGAUGCGCAAAAAUGUCGGUUUUCUCUUCAGUAUGCUUUUUAAGAAAAUUCUACUUUAAUCUACUUAGCGUAAUUCAACCCUACGCUCAGUUUACGAAGGCCUGGAAGCUUUCGAAAUUGUGUUGAAAAGUGAUUUUUUCUCAAGAGCAACAAAAACGUUAAAGAGAUUGUAAUGUGCCUAUCGAUUCGCGUCAGUGGUUAAACGUAGAAGAUUGUUCAAGACAACCAAAUCGAAGUAUUUUUUACCAACGGAAUCUCAAAACAGCUGUUUCUUGCUUUCGACCAAAUUUGUGUGCAUCGGACUUGAAAAACAACACUGAAUCUAGCAAACCGAAAAGUAUUUCUCGAGGAGAAAGAAAAAUAACAAAAUUGUUAAUUAACUUCCCUCGUUCAACUCUUCGACCAAGAUAAGACAGCCGCAAUUGUGUUACAGUGAACAUAGUAGUAGAUACAUCUAUUUUGAAAUUCGAAAAUAAAAUAAAAAAUAGUUAUAACUUCAACGAAAAUAAACUUUGGAAUAGUUUGAAGGUAAUAAAGAUAAAAUUCUUCUGUAUAAUCGCAACAA